AUGGAUUCCCUCUCUGAGAUGUCGUCGGGCAGUCUGAGUCCUCCCGUAUCGGAAGCGCAAUUUGAUGCCCACACCGCUGCCCGACAGAAGAUGUUCGCUAGGCUGCAUAACUAUCAAUCGCUGAAUGACGAUGACGAUACGCUCCACUUCCUGAGGUCUGUCUUCCGAUUCCUCCCCACCCAAGGCCAGGACUACUUGGCCACCGAUGUAGAUGACUGCGAUGACGACGACCAGCUGCGACAACUCGCGAAGCACCUGGACACAACUUUGCUGAAGCCGAUGUUGGCCACUGGUGGAACUACGCCCGCGAUCACACCCUCCCCUCUUCCUGGUGUGGAAGACUCUAUUGAGAACCUGCUGUCCCUGGAAUUCGACUCGGCGACCCGGCGGCAGAGCGAGCUGCGGCGAAUUUGCCUGCAACGUGACAACUACCAAUGCGUAGUGACAAAAGCGUGGGAGCAUGAGCAUAGCCGACCGCCCGGCGCACGUACCGCUGACCUUGAAGCCGCUCAUAUCAUUCCAUUUGCCCUGGGGAGUUUUCCGGAGGAUGAGCGACUGCGGCAUAGACAAAUCUGGCAGUGCCUAUACCGCUAUUUCCCAACUAUCCGUGACCUCUUUCACCGUAGCGAUGAAGACGUCAACCGCAUCGACAAUGUGAUGAUGAUGGUGUCACCCCUGCAUCGAGAGUUCGGUCGCUUCUCAUUUGUCUUGGAGGAGACCAGUGUUUCUGGUCGCUACCGCGUGAAAAUCUUUCCCCGAUUUCGAAAUAUCUACCAACCUCUCAUGCCCGACUUCACGACAGUAGCAAGUCACGACCCUCGGUACCCCGCCCCUAAUAAGUCUCUGCUCGCCGUGCAUGCAGCCGUCGGCAACAUCCUGCAUGCGACUGGGCGCGGCGAACUGAUCGCGAAGACCAUACAGCACCUCGGAGGCAAUGGCGGCCACGCUCUUGCGAAGGACGGGAGCACCAAUGUGGAAGAAUUGCUCUCUGUAACCGGUCUUUCAUUGCUGGCAACUAGUCCUAGCCACCGUCCGCCGGCCCGCAAGGGAAAGUAUUCUCGUUAUGUUAGGUCCGGGCUCCCCGGGGCGGAAAAUCAACCGCCUAGCGUCACCGAUGAGUGA